CGCGUUUACCAAAUGGCACUAAACUUCCCUCUUUCCCUCUGUAGAACCUCCAACAUUCUCAUCCCAUCCAGCUUUCUGGCUUCUUCUUCUUCUUCUUCUUCUGGUCAAUAUGCUCACAUCUUCUCACCGACAAGAAUGAGGCAAUUCAAUAGUUACUGUGACACAAACGUUUCUUCAAAAAGAAGAGGAAUUGUCUGCGGAUUGCCCCUAGUUGAUCCAUGGGCUCCAACCAUUGAUUCGCAGAGCAUAGCUUCCCAACUAUUCGCCAUCUCCUUGUUUCCCUACAUUGGCUUCUUGUACUUCAUUACGAAGUCUAAGUCUUCUCCUAGGCUUACCCUCUUUGGAUUCUACUUUUUGCUUGCCUUUGUUGGCGCCACAAUACCAGCUGGAAUUUAUGCGAAGGUGCGUUAUGGGACUUCUUUGUCCAAUGUGGAUUGGUUACACGGUGGUGCUGAGUCACUUCUUACUCUGACUAAUUUGUUCAUUGUGUUGGGACUGAGAGAGGGCCUCCGCAAUGCAGAAAAUUCAGAAGAAAAUGAGGUCACUUCUGAUUCAGAUUUCAAGGAGAAGAAGAAAAGUCGUACAUAGGCAUUGCUAUCUGACAAAUGAUUGAUGAUGUUCAAAGCUUGGACAGUUGAGUGACGAGAUUGGGGAACCUUCGUAGCAAUAGAUAAUCAACGGCUCUUUCCCGUCAAGGAGCGGUGGAAGGAGCUAAAACCAGAGCUGUUUGUGAUGGCAGGAUGUUCGGAUCUUGAAAUCCUUGUGAACACUGCAAAUCACAAGGGUGUUUUGUUACUGAUAUUGCCCAGAAAUCCCUCAACAGGAAAACACAACAAAAUGGCUACACACAAAUUUCUUGCAACCUUUGUCCCUGAAUUAGCUUACCCAAUAAUUUGUUCUGCUCACUGCUCCUUUCAUUCUCCGUCGUGUACUGUAUUGUAAUAUCUGA